AUGAGCGAGGAUUGUGCGAAUCCCCUAUUGCUGGGAUGGAUCAAAGAAUGGCUGGAUCAGGCCCGAGAACGAAACAGUAAAGGCGUGACAGUUUACAAGAAGGCAUAUGAGUCCAUGAAAGCCUGUCCAUUGGAAUUCCAGCAUCCAUCCCAGGCCCAGCAAUUGAAUGGACUGGGUCCCAAACUAUGUGACCGGUUGACAGAUAAGUUGAAGGCACACUGUGACGAAAAUGGACUUCCUAUGCCACAGCCACCUGACAAAGGUGGAAAACGAAAUGCCGGCGGCACUGAGGACCAGCCAGCGAAGAAACCUCGCAAGACCAAGCCAUACGUCCCGACAUUACGGUCCGGCCCAUAUGCUAUAUUACUAGGAUUGGGAACCCAGAGUGAAAAUGCAUCGCAGGGGAUGACGAAGGCUCAAUUGAUUGAAGUUGCCCAGCCAUUUUGUGACAGCUCGUUCACAGCCCCACCAGAUCCCACGAAAUUCUACACUGCGUGGAAUUCAAUGAAGACACUGGUUCAAAAAGACUAUGUGUGUGAGCAUGGUCGGCCAUUGCGGAGAUAUCUUCUCUCCGAGGAAGGUUGGGAGGUGGCCAAACGUCUCCAGAAGACAUUGCCCGGUGCUGCGCAGACCGCGACAUCUGGCCCAGCAACAGAGUCACAGCAGACAGCCGCAGAUGGUCGGAACUCACCCGAGCAAGAUGUCAACCCGCCGGACGUGGAAGAAAAUCUAUCAAAAGAAGAUAUGGACAACAUCCAGCCCAUCAUGUUACCACCGAAAAGCUUCACGAUCGAACUUGUGCUCGAUACUCGAGAAGUCCGCACAUCCACCGACCGCGACUACAUUUCCGGUGAACUGAUCAAACAAGGAAUCACCCCGCAAGUCCGAGCUCUGGAAGUCGGCGACGCAAUGUGGGUUGCCAAAUGCAAUGACCCAGAGUUCCUCAAGAGCCACGGCGAAGAAAGCGACGAAGUAAUGCUCGACUGGAUUGUAGAGCGAAAGCGUCUCGACGAUCUAAUUGGAUCUAUCAAAGAUGGCCGAUUCCACGAACAAAAGUUCCGUCUCCGUCGCUCAGGCAUCAAAAACGUCAUCUACUUGAUCGAAGAAUUUACAGUCACGCAUGCAGAUUCCACAAGUGGGAGCGCAGCACAGUAUCAAGAGAUGGUUGCUUCGGCCAUUGCAUCAACACAAGUCCUAAAUGAGUACUUCAUCAAGAAGACAAAGCACUUAGAUGAAUCGAUCCGAUACCUGGCUCGUAUGACUCUGCUUCUGCGGAAGAUGUACGGAGUGGAGGAUCCAUCAGGCGGAGAAUCAAAUCACGUCGAGACCACCGUUCCUGCAGCUCAAAUAUCCAAAAUCGGUCUGAUACCUGCUCGUCGUCUGGCGAAUGAUUCUUUCCUCACCAUUCUUGAAAAUUUGCGCUCUCGGGAUCCAUCGAGUACAUACGGUGUUUCAUUUUCGACUUUCUCAGCCCUCACAUCCAAGUCUGACACGCUGACCCUUCGAGAUGUGUUUUUGAAAAUGCUUAUGUGUACACGUGGUGUGACAGGCGAGAAAGCACUUGAAAUUCAACAAAUAUGGCCGACGCCUCGACACUUGAUGGAGGCUUAUGCGGUACUGGAGCCCAAACAGCGGGAGACGAUGAUAGUGACCCGGAUGGCAGAGUUAGUUGGACGCAAGAAGGUAGCUAAGGAUCUCAGCAAGCGCAUUGCCGAGAUCUGGGGAGGAUCAUCUUGA